UUUGAAGUAGUUUACUAAAACACGACAGUUCUCAAUUCACCAGUUAUCAAUUGUUGUUUCGAGUGACGUUGCUAGUAGCUUGCAUAUUUUCACAACUGAAUAUAAUUACGAAAUAUAAGGGAUAUUUAUGUAGUUUUAUACAUUUUCAACGCCUGUUGAACUCAACUUGACUGUUGUACAGUUUUCUAUCCAUUGUCUUUUACGAGCUUCGCUACCCGCCGUAUACAGUAAGUUAGGAGCCUCGCUGCCUAUUUACAUAUCAGAGUGUUCGAAUCUAUCUGCUCAUCGCUUAGUAACCCUGAGUCGAAAUUUCAAGCCUGUUUUAAUUGUAUUCUUUUCCCGUACAUUUGAGACAAAAAUUCGACGAUAAAAGUGGAUCUCUAUAUAGUAAUAGUACGCCUGGUUUCGUUGUAACUAUAGUGGAGUUUUGUGCAUUUUAGCCUGCUUUAUUAAUAAUUUUCUGUCUAAUAAGAACUGGCUCGUCUUUUGGCGUGAUGUAGAUACACCUUUUUUCACCAGAUCUGCAACAAAAAAUUAAAUUUUUUCCAUUGUUUACAAGAAUGUUGGCACGUGUGUAAAUUUAUUUAAUUUGUUUUGAUUCCUACAAGAGAAAAGUCUAACUUCCUUUCCUCUAAGGGCAGAAAUUUAAACUUUAGGUGCAAAUAUGAAUUCUACAUCCUCUGUGAUCAUACCUACGGCCCUGAAUUUAAAUUCCAAUAUAAAUAAAAUAGACAUGCGCACUUGAAUGCAACAAAUACUUAACGCCAUACGGCAAGGCACAGACGUUUUUAUUUUCACGUAUGUUUAUACAUACGUGUACAUAUAUACAUAUAUAUAUAUAUAUAUAUACGCUUGAUCAGCUUGAUCAUCCUUAAUCACGUGAUCUUCCAUUUACUACAUACAUAUUUAUAUAUUGCAUUUAAAUAUUUUAUUAAAAUGUACAAUAUAAAGAAAGUAAUCUACAGUUAAUGACAAAUCAGUUAUACAAAAGUGAUAGGUUAUUUGAUGAUGUAUAGAAUUUAAAAUAAUUAUUAUAAUAAAUGUUAUAUAUAAAAUAUUGUUAUUAAUACUUAUUGUUAAUCUGAAAAAUACAAAACAAUAAUGGCAACCUCUGACAGUGAUGACUUUGAAAGCGCAGAUGAAGAAAUAGAAUUUCGUGAUGCAUUGCCUAAAAAAUCAUCACCACGUUGGGCACCUAAUUCAACUAUUGGUUCUGACUCUGAUGAUGAUGUUUGUGCCACAUCAGUUAAACAAAACUCAUGGAGUUCUAAAAUAAACAAUAAAAAAUAUGAUAAUUCAACAGCUGCUAAUGACACGUCAACCGUUUACAAUUUUACAUCCAAUAAUCUUGCUCAAGAAUCAAAACAACAAACUGAUUCAGAUAAAUUGCAGUCAAAGUUUUUGACAGAAGACAAGCAGCCGGUAUGCAAACCAGAAAUAAAUAUACAACAAAAAGAAUCAAUUUUGAAUAAUAAAACAAAUUUUACUGAAAAUGUUGAAACUAAAAAAGUAAUCGAAGAAUUAAAUGAGACUGUCAAAAAUAAAUGUGAUAACACAGAUUUAUUAUUAGAAAAAAAAAAAAAAAUAGCUUUAGCCCAAGUUGAAACACUAGAUGAUUCAAAUAAAAAAGAAGGAGCACCGACACAACAGAAAUCAAAGGGAUCAUCAAAAUUUUCAAGUUCUGGUGUUAAAAAAUUGGGAUCUAAAAUAGUAUUACCUAAUAUUAAACAAACAACUGAAGAAAUAAAAUCGUUUCAAGUAAAAAAUAAAACUUGUGAAGGAGAGAAAAAAGUUUAUUUAAAUAAAGAAUGUUUGGAAUUAGAUGAUGAUGGAGCAAUUAAAAUAUUAGAACGUGAAAGUUAUUGGCAUAAAUCACUUGGUAAAUCUUCAUCUAUCGAUGAAUUUGACAAAGAUCAAAUACCAGAGGAAUUAAAGUCUAAUAAAAAAUUUAAAGAAGUAUUUGGCAUUGGUGAUUGGGAAGAUUUAAGUAAUCAAAAUAAAAUCACAACUGAAUUCGAUACUGAUAAUUCACAGUCAGUUGCAAACAAGCCAGCAACAAGUGAAGAGAAAAUAAAUUCAAGUGCUGUAGGUUGGGGAAGUUGGGGUACUUGGGGUGUUACUUCUUUAUUAAAUACAGCUAGUGCAGGAGUUUCAAAUUUGACUAGUCAAGUAUCAUAUGGAUUAUCCGUUCUUGAGGACAGUAUUAGUACUCCAACUUCAGACCUUGAGCAAAAACAAACAUUUGAUGAAAAAUCUAUUGAAAAUACAGAAGAGUCAAUGCAACUGAUGUCAUUCGGGUUAAGUGAUUUAAUAUCAGGGGUUUCUUCAAUAACAAAAUUAGUUGAAAAUACAGGAACUAAAGUAAUUAAUGGUGGUCUUGGUACUUUAGAAACAAUUGGCAAAAAAACAAUGGAAGUACUUCAAGAAGGUGAUCCUGGUUUAAAAAAAAAAAGAGCAUUUUUUAUGAAUGAAAAGGAUAAACCUAUUUUAUCACACAUGUUGAGGGAAGCUAAAGAAAAAGCUGAAGCUGAACAAAAAACAUAUCAAGAGAAAGAACAAGCUCGAAAAGUUCAUUUUGAAAGUUUAUUUGAUGAUUUUCAAGGCCUCGUUCAUCUUGAAGCACUGGAGAUGUUGUCUAAACAGAGUACUAUGAAAAUUCAACAACGGUUGGUAACUCUAAAUACAGAUGAGGCUAAAUCUAUUCAAGAAACUUUGGAUGAAGUCAAAGAACUUUGUGAUCUUGGAGAUGAAAAUGACGACGACGAAAGUAAUAAUGAUAACUUGGAAGAAAGAUUGAAAUCCCUUUGUGCAGAUCUUGGUGUUAUUAUUUCAUUUGAUAAACUGUAUCAGCUUUGGGAAGAAAAAAAAAAAUAUAUUACCAACGUAUCACAGUCCGAAUCAUCAGUGUCUGAUCGAGAAGUUUUUGAAAAUUCAAUUUCAUCGUUGGCACAAUUUACAGCAUAUUGCGUCGAAAGGUUUCAUAAAACUGCUGAACUUAUUCUUAUCAAAGAUCGUCGAAGUACAGUCAAUGAAGCAGAUGCACUUGUACAAUUAACCAAAAUUUUAUCACUUCAAAUUGGAGUAAUUGCAAAUUUAUUCUGCAAGUGUCUUAAUGAACGUAUGCAAGGCUCCGAUAAAUCAAAUGAUUCUGUAGACAUAACAACAAUAUUUCUAGAGGCGACAAAUGCAAGCUCAUAUGUUCAAGAAGCAUUUCAACUUUUAAUUCCCAUUCUUCAAGUCGGCGCUAUUUGAUGAAAAUGAAAUUUUUAUUAUCGUUAAAUAUAGAAAAUCAUUAAAUAAUUUCACUAUAAAUAAUACAUUUUUCUUAUUAAAUUUUACACUAACAAAGACGAUCGUUUUUACUUUCGUAAUAUAAAUUACAAAAAUAUUCAAACCCAACUUAUUAAAAAUUAUAAAAAGUUUUUUAUUUUUUAUUAUUAUUGAAGGAAUUAUAACGAUUAAAUCUCACAACAUUGUCAUACUUCCUUUACAAAAACACAUUCACAAGUUAUUGUCAUUAACAUUCUAAUUUUCAGUUCAACUCAUGAUGUAAAAAUGAAAAAAAAAAAAAAAAAAACAAUAAACAUGAGAAUAUUGUUAUAUAAAAAAUUUCAACAAUAUUUUUAUCUAAAUAUGGUUUUAAU